ACGAUUUGUGAAAUGAAACUGGCACUCGAAUCAGGCUUAGAAAGCGCAAGUAUGUAGUAAACCAUAAAACAAAACUUAGAAGCCACUGAAAAAAACCCCUCAAUUUCAAUCAAAAUUACAGUAGCCAAAUUGCUCAUACCCUAAUCAAUCCUAAUUGAAAAAAUUGAAUGGCAAACUGAACAAUUGUAAAUUGGGAAAUUGUUCAAUAGUUCACAGUUGGUCGAUGAAGGAGAAGAAAAAGAAAAUUAAAUCAAAUCAUCAGAUAAAAAAUGGGGAAUAAGAUUGCAAGAACAACACAAGCAUCAGCAACAGAGUAUUAUCUUCAUGACCUUCCUUCAUCUUACAAUUUAGUCUUGAAAGAAGUACUUGGUAGAGGUCGUUUCUUCAAAUCAAUUUUGUGUAAACAUGAUGAAGGUCUUGUUCUUGUUAAAGUCUACUUUAAACGAGGUGAUCAGAUCGAUUUAAGAGAGUAUGAAAAGCGUCUCUUUCAUAUUCGUGAUACUUUCCGUUCAAUUGAACACCCCCAUGUUUGGCCUUUUCAGUUUUGGCUGGAGACUGACAAGGCGGCAUAUUUACUCAGGCAGUUUUUCUUCAAUAAUCUCCAUGAUAGGCUCAGUACACGGCCCUUUCUUAGCCUUAUCGAGAAGAAAUGGCUUGCAUUUCAGCUUUUGUGCGCAGUGAAGCAAAGUCAUGAGCAUGGGAUUUGUCAUGGUGAUAUAAAGUGUGAGAACGUUUUGGUUACUUCUUGGAAUUGGGUUUACCUCGCUGACUUUGCAUCUUUUAAACCCACCUACAUUCCUGAUGAUGAUCCAUCUGAUUUCUCGUUUUUCUUCGAUACUGGUGGCAGAAGGCUAUGUUAUCUCGCACCGGAGAGAUUCUACGAGCAUGGAGAUGAUAUGCUAGUCACUCCUGAUGCAUCUCUUAAACCUUCCAUGGAUAUCUUCGCCGUGGGGUGCGUAAUUGCUGAGCUUUUCCUGGAGGGUCAUCCACUAUUCGAACUUUCUCAGCUUCUUGCUUAUCGGAGAGGCCAAUAUGAUCCUACCCAACAUCUUGAGAAGAUCCCUGAUCCAGGAGUACGGAAGAUGAUUCUUCACAUGAUUCAGUUGAAUCCCGAUGAGCGACUAUCUGCUGAAGGUUAUUUGCAGAGUUAUGCUGGCAUUGCGUUUCCUAACUAUUUUUCACCAUUUCUGCACAACUUAUAUUCAUGUUUGAGCUCACUUGACUCUGAUGCAAGGGUUGUAAUGUGUCAGAGCGCGUUUCUUGAAAUAGUUAAGCAGAUGAAAACCAAUAAUUUUGGCACCGAGACAAAUGGAGGACUUGGGAUAACAUCCAACGAUCCUGCUAUCAAGAUUUCUCAACAAAUGGUCUCGAAACAAGUUCUAAGCUAUUCCAAAGUCUCUUCGAAAAAGGAAAUCUUGACGAGAGGCUUGGCUAAUGAAGGAAUUGAGCUCCUUGGUGAUUUAAGUGCGUUACUUAGGGACGUGGAUCACUCAAAUCAUUUUUCUAGUGAUAAAACGAAUCAGGACGAUACAUCUAAAAUUCACUUUUUGCACACACAGGAGGUGUAUAACUUACAAUCUCCUAAUCUGCUUCAAACCAUUUCUGAUAUGUUUAAGAAACGGGAACAUGCCUUUUUGAAGAAUAUCACUAUUGAUGACUUGAAAUCAUUGAUGUCGGACUACGACAGUGAAUCAGAUACGUAUCGCAUGCCCUUUCUACAGCUACCUCCUGAUGAAACUCGUUGUGAAGGUAUGGUCCUCAUUGCUUCGCUGCUAUGCUCAUGCAUACGUAAUGUCAAGUUUCCUCAGCUGCGGCGUUGUUGUAUACUCUUGUUGAGGUAUUUAUCUAUAUAUAUCGAUGACGAAGAUCGACUUCAGCGUGUGCUCCCAUAUGUGAUUGUUAUGCUAUCGGACUCAGCUGCCAUUGUUCGCUGUGCUGCCUUGGAGACUUUGUGUGAUAUAUUGCCAUUAGUUAGGGAAUUUCCUCUCAGUGAUGCCAAAAUCUUUCCUGAAUACAUUCUACCUAUGCUUUCUACGCUUCCCGAUGAUUCCGAGGAAAGUGUGCGGAUUUGUUAUGCGAGCAACAUAUCCAAACUCGCUUUAACAUCGUAUGGAUUUUUAGUUCAUUCAAUAAGAUUGAGUGAGGCUGGUGUGUUAGAUGUAUUGAGUGCACCACAGAAGUCUCUGGCACCAUCGACUGAUAAUCGUCAGGCACUUUUAGCAUACAGCAAUAAAGAACUUGCUCAUCUCAGAAAAUCCAUAGCUGAGGUUGUUCAGGAACUUGUUAUGGGGCCGAAGCAAACACCCAAUAUUAGGAGGGCUCUUUUGUUGGAUAUUGCUGGUUUGUGUUGUUUCUUUGGCCAAAGACAGAGCAAUGAUUUUCUGUUGCCUAUGCUUCCUGCAUUCCUUAAUGACCGUGACGAGCAGCUCAGGACUGUUUUCUACAGGCAGAUAGUGUAUGUUUGCUUUUUUGUUGGCCAAAGAAGUGUCGAGGAAUAUCUUUCUCCGUAUAUUGAGCAGGCUUUGAGUGAUACAAAUGAAGGUGUUAUAUCGCAUACAUUGGAUUGUUUGACUGUACUGUGUAAUAGUGGUUUAUUACGGAAAAGGCUGCUACUUGAAAUGAUAGAACAUGCCUUUCCGUUGUUAUGUUAUCCUAGCCAAUGGGUCAGGAGGUCAGUUGCAUCUUUCAUUGCUGCGAGUAGUGAGAGUCUUGGUGCUGUGGACUCCUUUGUAUUUUUAGCCCCAGUUGUUCGCCCUUUUCUGCGGCGGCAGCCAGCUUCCUUGGCUUCUGUGAAGGCUCUUCUUUCAUGCUUAAAAUCUCCUGUUUCUCGACAGGUAUUUUACCAAGUAUUAGAAAAUGCCCGGGGAUCAGACAUGCUGGAGAGACAGAGAAAGAUUUGGUACAAUACAUCUCAAGCUAAACAAUGGGAUGCUGUUGAUUUGCUGAAACAAAAUGAGGAAUUGCUUUCCCUGGAGAAGUGGCCAGACAGUCAUCAAGUACUUGAGGAUCAGAAUGUUGGUGGGCUUUCUGUUGACCAAAUAGAGACGACGGAAAGUGAUAGUACAGAGGCCAAAUUGAGAGCUUUGAGCGGUUGUAUUGGCCAUGCUUCUAGUAUAAUUGAUAGUAGGGAUCCUCUUUCGUCUGAAAAGUUACAGUUCUCUGGCUUAAUUACUCCUCAGCUUAGUAGUAUUAAUAGCAUCCUUCAUGAAAAUUCAUCAGAAAACAUACCCCUUUAUUCUUUCUCUCUAGACAGAAGAGGAUUGGGGAAUACACAAGCAGUAUCCGACACUUCGUUGCAGCCGAGCUUACUAGGAUUAAGCUCAUCUACUACACCUUGGCUGGAUUCAGUAAACAAACCAUUUGGCAUGCCAAGUUCAGUGCCUUCACCCAGGCUUGUCUCGGGGUCAUUCAGCAUUGCCAAUGGCACUAAACAGUUCCAUCGUGUGGUACAUGAGCCGGAAUCCCGGGAAAGUGACCAAGCAUCGUAUAUAAGCAGCAAAUUUCAAGAUUUGGGAAUUUCUAGCAGUAGCAGUACAAAAGGAAGUUCAACAUCUGUUGAGGACGCUCCUUCAUCGAGUGAAGUUUCUGGAUCACCAUCUGUUUCACGGUCUUCAGUGCUUCCUGACUCCGGGUGGAAACCUCGUGGAGUGUUGGUUGCUCAUCUACAGGAACAUCGCUCUGCUGUGAAUGAUAUUGCUGUUUCAACGGACCAGAGCUUUUUUGUUAGUGCAUCUGAUGAUUCAACUGUGAGGGUUUGGGACUCAAGGAAGUUAGAGAAGGAUAUUUCAUUUAGGUCUAAAUUGACUUAUUCCUUGGAGAGUAGCCGGGCAUUGUGCAUAACAAUGAUUCGGGGUUCUGCACAAGUUGUUGUUGGUGCAUGUGAUGGCAGCAUUCACUUGUUUUCCGUGGAUUACAUUUCCCGAGGCCUAGGCCAUGUUGUUGAGAAGUAUUCAGGUGUUGCUGAUGUCAAGAAGAAGGAUGUUGGAGAAGGUGCCGUUCUUAGUCUUGUCAACUACUCUGCUGAUCCGUCAUCAAGCCACUUGGUUAUGUACAGCACUCAGAAUUAUGGUAUUCAUCUCUGGGACACCAGGGCUAAUACUGAUUCAUGGACACUGAAAUCACUUCCUGAGGAGGGUUAUAUCUCUACUUUGGAAACUGAUCCUUGUGGUAACUGGUUCAUAUCAGGAUCGUCUAGGGGUGUAUUGACUUUAUGGGAUCUUAGGUUUCGUAUACCGGUCAACACAUGGCAAUAUCCUCGUACAUGCCCUAUAGAAACCAUGUGUCUCUAUGUUCCACAACCAAAUACUCCUUUUUCUUCUAUGGCUAGGCCUCUUGUAUAUGUUGCUGCUGGUUGUAAUGAAGUGUCUCUUUGGAAUGCAGAAACUGGAAGCUGCCAUCAGGUAUUUCGAGUACCAGGUAAUGAUGGUGAUGCUGAGUUUUCCGAGUUGCCUUGGGCAUUAGCCAGACCCCAAAACAAGGCGAAUUCUAAAUCAGAUCCUAGACGAAAUGUCAACCUGAAAUACCGUGUUGAUGAGUUGAAUGAACCACCUCCUCGUCUGUCUGGUAUUCGUUCCUUACUUCCUCUGCCUGGUGGAGAUUUAUUAACUGGCGGAACCGAUUUGAAGAUACGUAGAUGGGACCAUAGCAGACCUGAGCGCAGUUACUGUGUGUGUGGGCCAACAAUUAAGGGCCUGGGAAAUGAUGAACUCUAUGAAAGCAAAUCUAGCUUUGGUGUGCAGGUCGUGCAGGAAAUGAGAAAACGACCAACCACUACGAAAAUGAGUACAAAAGCAGUUCUUGCAGCAGCUGCUACUGAUCCUGCGGGUUGCCAUCGUGACUCGGUUCUCUCCCUCGCGUCUGUCAAAUUGAACCAGAGAUUAUUGUUAUCAAGCAGUAGAGAUGGAGCAAUUAAGGUCUGGAAAUGAAGGGAAUAUCAUGUUCCUGGUCCUCUUCUACUUUUUAUGUGGGUUGUCAACAGGUGAAUUUGGGGAUCUCUGUACAGUAUUAUUUCAUACUAACUUUACUCUGUACAGCAUUUAAAGAACUCAUUAGAUAUGCAGGAAGGUAAUAGUAAUUUAUGGUUUUUCAUUUGAAA